AAACCCAACCCUGAUGCAGCCCUCAAUGAAAUCGAUUUUGACACCCCUGCUCUACAGACUAGUCGCUAAUAAUACUUUUUCUGCUUCUUCUAUCAUCCAGGCUUGAUUUCUGGGGGAACCGGCGUGGACGAUGGGUGGUGCGGUGAGCGCGGGAGAAGACAACGACGAGUUAAUUGAUAACCUGAAGGAGGCUCAGUACAUCCGGUCAGAGCUGGUAGAACAGGCCUUCCGGGCGGUCGACCGGGCUGACUACUACCUGGAGGAAUUCAAGGAGAACGCCUAUAAAGAUUUGGCCUGGAAACAUGGCAACAUCCAUCUCUCUGCCCCCUGCAUUUACUCCGAAGUCAUGGAAGCCCUGGACCUACAGCCUGGACUUUCCUUCCUGAACCUAGGAAGCGGCACCGGUUACCUCAGCUCCAUGGUUGGGCUCAUCUUGG